AUGUCGUACAUGCUUCCGCAUCUCACGAAUGGCUGGCAAGUAGACCAGGCUAUCUUAUCCGAAGAGGAGAGAGUGGUCAUAUUGCGAUUCGGACACGACUGGGAUCCUGAGUGUAUGAAAAUGGAUGAAACCUUGUUCGGUAUCGCCGAGAAGGUGAAGAAUUUUGCUGUAAUUUACCUCGUGGAUAUAACAGAGACACCUGACUUCAACAAGAUGUAUGAGUUAUACGACCCUUGCACCAUUAUGUUCUUCUUUAGGAACAAGCAUAUGAUGAUGGACCUGGGAACGGGUAACAAUAACAAGAUAAACUGGGCCAUGGAGCAAAAACAAGAAUUGAUUGACAUCGUGGAAACGGUGUACAGAGGAGCAAAGAAGGGACGGGGUCUCGUAAUUGCACCGAAAGACUACUCCACGAAGUACAGAUAC